AUGGCAUUACUGAUACGUACUAUUGUUGCUAGUGGUGCAAGGUCAGGUCGUUACACCACUCCUGAAGAAGUUUUGAAGUAUCUCAUUCAACACAACACAAAAGGUUCUGGUUCGAGUAAUUCUCAGUCUGAGAAUGCCCCUAGUACUCCCAGAGGCCCCAAUAAUCAAAAUUUGGGCGCUUCUUCAUCUGGUAUGCCAUCUAGUUCAUCCAAAAAUCGAAUUAUGUGCCAUAGAUGCAAGAAACCUGGACAUGUGGCUAAAAAUUGCAGAGUAAAAAUCCCUCCACAUAAUCAGGAGGAGAAAGCGGAUGUCAAACCUGUUGUAACCUGUCACAAAUGUGGUAAACCUGGGCACUAUGCCAAUGUGUGUCCGUUGUGGAAGUAG